AUGGAGUUUGCUCCUCCGCCACCGUGGCAUUAUAAUUUAGACCCACCGUCGUAUGAAUUCCCGGCGAUACGUCCCUGGUAUCCGCCACCGCCUCCGCCAUCUUCAGAUGAUGAAUGGAAAGUCACGGUAUCGCUCGUCGUCUUCUUCGCAGUCUGCAUUCUCGGAGUCGCUUUAAAGGGUUGCCGCAGCACGCAAUCUCACGCUGAGGCAGAGGCAGCCGCUGCCGCCCGGCCGCUACCGCGGCUGGAAUCCCUCCGGCAACUCGAUGAGGUGCAGCUGGCCGUGGUCCGCCCUACAAACCCGACGGCCCGCCUCCCGGCGUUCAAGUACAACCAGUCCGUGAAGCACAACAUGACGGGUGGAGGAGAGGAAGCGGCUACGUGCUCGGUGUGCCUCGGCGUGUUCCAGCCAGGGGAGGCGGUGCGGCUGUUGCCGGCGUGCAUGCACCUGUACCACGUGGAGUGCAUCGACCCGUGGCUGGACGCGCACUCAACGUGCCCACUCUGCCGCUCGGACGCCGACCCCAUGGACGGCGCUAGGCUACCUCCCGUUUAA